AGUAUGCAGCAGGAACCUAGUCCACACGUCCGUGAGGACAAGUACCGCCCACUGAAUUGCAGGGCAGCAGAGGCUGGCUUAUAUACAGGUGGAGAUGAGGGCAGGCUGUGCGCGCUGGUCCGUGCGCAGCUGGUCCAUGUACAGCAUGGUGACGCGGCCCCAGGGGCU